AUGACAGAACCGAUAGUUAAUCCAACGGAAACGGUUACCAAACCUUUAGACCAACCGAAAAAAGUGAAAGAUCCACGUAGAGUCGAAGCGGGAAAAAGAUUAGCAAAGAUCAGUCAACAGGCAAAAGCCGCGAAAAAAGCAAAGGCAGAGGAAGAUUUGAAAACAGAAGUCCGCGAAGAAUGUAUGACGGACGGAGGAUGGAUUUCCGUCGAAAGAUUAUGUUUGGUUUUAGGCGUGGGAAUCGGGUUGGGAUCAUUGUAUUUAACGUGGCGUCGCGAAAAAAGUCCCGUGGGACAAGUGAAUGAAAUUGUGGAUAAUAAUGCGAACAAUGAUGUGGAAAAAGAUCCUCCGAAAGAACCUUUUGAUGACUUGUUUGACUGA